AUGGUCAGUCUUCUAAUGGUUGGUGUUGCAGCAUGGGGCAAAUGGUUCGGGCUGGUCUCUAGUUUCAGGGUGAUGGCUGCUGUCAUUGCUGUUGGACUGUUUCUCUUCGUCGUGGCCAUUAUUGGAUUGUGUGGAGCUGUGAAGCAUCAUCAAGUCCUCUUGUUCUUCUACAUGCUCAUUCUCUUCGUGGUAUUCAUGGUGCAGUUUUCAGUAUCAUGUGCCUGCUUGGCGAUUAAUAAAGAACAGCAGAACCUGCUCCUGGAGAUAGGAUGGAAUAAGUCUGAAUCAAUGCAGGAGGAUUUGGAAAGAUCGCUGGAUUGCUGUGACUUCCUUGAAGUUAACUACAAUGAGAGCUGUGUCGCUACCUGUUUCAAGGAUCAAACAUGUCGACCAUGUUCAGUUAUAAUCCAGGCCUAUGCUGACGACGCUUUACAGUUUGUUGGAGGAGUCAGUCUGUUUUUCAGUUUUACAGAGAUUCUGGGUGUCUGGUUAGCACAUAGAUACAGGAAUCAGAAAGAUCACCGGCAAAAUCCUGGAGCUUUCAUUUAAAGCACACACAUAUACAAGACUUUCAGCUAUACUGAAUUUUUGUUCUUGAAUGGACUUU